AUGCAGGAAACAGCUCCUGCCUACGCUCCCAGUGCUGAAGAUGUUGCCAAUGCUUUCGUGGAGCAAUAUUACGAUGCUCUGCACAAAUCACCUGGAGUUUUACAUCAAUUUUAUCAAGAUUCAAGCUUGCUAACCGUAGCAGAUAAAAAUGGCGGUUAUAAAACCGUUACUGCCUGGCAAGUUGACGGGCUGUUUUCGUUGUUCUUUGUCUUGGAGCAGGCAAUCAAUGAAAACUAUUCAUUUGAUUAUGACAAUCUUAGAGCAGAGACAGAAACGGUAAAUGCUCAAGAGUCUUAUGGGCAAGGGGUGAUUAUUCUUGUAACUGGGACCAUAACCAACAAGGAUGAGAAUGUGACGCAAAAAUUCACACAAACAUUCUUUCUCGCUCCUGGAGACGAAGGGUAUUUUGUAUUGAAUGAUAUAUUUAGGGCUGUUGGAGAGAUUGAACCAACGCCAAACACUUCUGCUUUGGCUGAUGGCAUCGGUGAAAAUGCUCCACCUACUGCCUUGACAGCAGAAUCAAGUUGGGAUGAAGUAGGUGAACCAGAGCCCGCUCAAGCUACUAAUAAUCUUCCGGUGCAUCCCGUCACUCAGCCGCCUUCCCGCUUCUUGCCAUUUAAUCGCCCUUUAAACCUAUCUUCAGAAGUAAGCAUCACUGGGGCAACUAUAACCCCUCCUUACAUAAGUAGUGAUCCUCCUCCACGACAUCCAUCAAGAGAAGGACAAAUGAUGAUUAGACCCUUCACUUCAGUUCUUCCUCCUGUCACUCACCCGCCUUCUCGCUCCUUGCCAUUUAAUCACUCUUUAAACCUAUCUUCAGAAGCAAGCAUCAUUGGGGCAACUAUAACCCCUCCUUACAUUCAUACUGAUCCUCCUCCAACUCCAAGGAAUCCAUCAAGAGAAGGACAAUUGAUGAUGAGACCCUUCACUUCAGUUCUCCCUCCUAUCCCUCAGCGGCCCUCCGGAUCCUUGCCAUUUAAGCGCCCUUUAAACCUAUCUUCAGAAGUGAGCAUCACUGGGGCAACUAUAACCCCUCCUUACAUUCAUACUGAUCCUCCUCCAACUCCUAGGGAUCCAUCAAGAGAAGGACAAUUGAUGAUGAGACCCUUCACUUCAGUUCUCCCUCCUAUCCCUCAGCCGCCCUCUGGAUCCUUGCCAUUUAAGCGCCCUUUAAACCUAUCUUCAGAAGUGAGCAUCACUGGGGCAACUAUAACCCCUCCUUACAUACACACUGAUCCUCCUCCACCCCAUCAAGAGAAGGACAAAUGA